AUGUGUUCUUCUCACAAUAAUCAUUCCUUUUUAGGUAUUCUUUGUAAUGAACACGAUUUAAGAUCUGAUCUCUUGAACACCUCCAGGCACAACCCAUUUGUAUUACCCAGGAACUCAACAGCACCUAUAAAUGUCACACUCUCGUGGGUUACGGGGUUUGUCGUGGGAUUUGAUGAAAUCGAAGGAAAAUUUACAAUCAUGGGAAAUUUAGACAUGAGCUGGAAAGACGAACUUAUGAUGUGGAAUAAAGAAGCCUACAACGUGAGCUCCAUUGUAGCUGUUGGCAAAGAAGUGUGGACGCCUCCUAUCUAUGUCCUUAACAAAAUGGAUUCUGUCUUCUUGAGCAAUGGCUUAAAUGACGAUUUAUUGAGAAUUAAGCACACGGGAGAGGUAAUUUCCACACACUCUGGAGAAAUGUCCGUCUCCUGUCCCCUGGACCCUAUACAUUUCCCUUUCGAUAUACAGACCUGCUUCAUGAUGUUUGGGUUAACGGUCCACUCCUCCGCGGAGGUUCGACUGAGAUUCUCGGACAACCCAAUACAAUCCGUAACCGGAGCAGGCAUUAUGACUGUGGACCAUCCGAUCUGGACCAUCACCGGAUUCAAGACCACGGCCUCAGAGUACUCCAACGUGGCGUCUAUAAAGUUCUGCUUGUUCAGGAAGUCACUGUACUAUACUUUUACCAUGUUAGGUCCUUCUGCUCUGCUGAAUUGUUUGACAAUAUUUGCGUUCCUCAUUCCAAAUGACCAAGGAGAGAAGAUCUCGUGUGGAAUGACCAUAUUCUUGGCUUUUGUUGUGUUUCUGGUGCAAGUUGGUGACAUCAUUCCGAAAAACUCAAACGCAGUACCAGUUCUAGGUAAAUACUAUCUAUAUUCCAUAAUUGGAAGUGCAGUAAUGGUAAUCAACACUGUGAUUCACUCAUUCAUUGCAAAUAAACGAGCAAAAAAUGGUGAAACCAAAGUUGAACCCAUGAACAACGACUUGGAAAAGCCGGCGACGUUUGAGAUGUAUGAUGAAACUAUUUCUGUUUCAAGUAAUGAAAGCACUGGAAGAAAGAUCCCUCUGGUCAAAUUUCUGAAGAAACAUGGACUAAAAAUAUUAGAUGUAGUUUGCUUUCUCAUAUCCGUGCUCCUCAUCGGGAUUUCUGUGAUUAUGUUGUUGACCACAAAAAGUACAUGUGAUUCUGCGUAACUUUUUGCUGAUCGUGUUUGAAAACGUUUCUUAGUUAUAUUUGUUACUUGAGUAAAUUUUCGAUGCUAUCUAAAGACAUUGAAUAAUCUUAAGGUAAAUACAUGUAUUUGUGCUAAAUACCUAAAGUCGUUUUGAAUUUUACAAAUUUAUUUUUCGGUAAAAACGUGUUUAUUCACCUACUGUGAUUGUACAAGAUAUACACUACUAUAUACGUACUUUGAAUAU